AUGAAUAUCUCAUCUUUCCGCUUACCGGUGAUCCCCAGAAUAUCGUCUGAUUUUUGGACUAGUAUUUUUUCCAGAAGUAAAGGUAUUGCUUCCGCUGCAGCUGGAAGCACCACAUCAGAAUUUGAUGUCGUUGUGGCGGGAGGUGGAAUUGUUGGUUGCGCUACCGCAAGACAGUUAAAAAUCAAAAAUCCGGAAUUGAAAGUAGCAUUGCUAGAAAAAGAGGAUCAUUUGGCAUUCCAUCAAAGUGGUCACAACAGCGGUGUUCUUCAUGCUGGAAUUUAUUAUGCACCGGGUAGCCUGAAAGCAAAACUUUGUGUUCGUGGUAUUGAUUUGGCAUAUAAAUACUGCGAUGAGCAUAAAGUACCUUACAAAAGAAUUGGGAAGUUAAUUGUUGCGGUUGAGCCAAUCGAAGUGCCACGUCUAGAAAAUUUAUUUCAACGAGCUGAGAAAAAUGGAUGCAGAUCAAUAAAAAUGAUUGGUGGUAGCGAAAUCAAGAAUUACGCUCCUUUUUGCAAGGGUUUGAAGGCACUCUGGUCUCCGUAUACCGGCAUUAUUGAUUGGGGACUAGUUACAAAAUCAUAUGCAGAAGAUUUCCAAAAUCGUGGCGGCAUUGUUUAUACGAAAUAUCCAUUAAAAACGUUAUUGCUUGUUGGCGAAUCGAAAAAAGAGAACAUGGUCAAUGAUUAUCCUGUUAUGAUCGAAUCAGAACCCUCUUUGCCGAAAAUUCGCUGUAAAUACUUGAUAACAUGCUGUGGGCUGCAAUCAGAUCGUAUUGCGAAACUUUCCGGUGGUUUGCCAGACCCGAAAAUUGUUCCUUUCCGUGGCGAAUAUCUUCUACUAACUUCUGAAGAGAAAAAGAAGCUUGUAACGACAAAUGUUUAUCCUGUGCCUGAUUCACGCCUUCCGUUUCUUGGUGUACAUUUCACGCCACGUAUGAAUGGAGAUGUUUGGCUGGGACCGAAUGCAGUUCUAGCGUACAAAAGAGAGGGAUACAAAUAUUCUCAAAUUUCAGUGCCUGAUUUGUAUGAUGCUUUAACUUACAGAGGUACGAGAAAACUCAUUCUCAAAUUUUUUGGUUACGGAAUGAAAGAAUUGUAUCGCGGAAUUUGGACCAGAGCACAGGUGAAACAGUUACAGAGAUUCAUGCCUAACUUGAAAAUAUCGGACAUCACACGUGGUCCGGCAGGAGUUCGAGCUCAAGCCGUUGACUUAAAUGGGAAUUUGGUUGAUGACUUUAUUUUCGAUUGUGGUGAGGGAGAAUUGAACCAAUACGUAUUGCAUGUGCGUAAUGCGCCUAGUCCAGGUGCUACAAGCAGUUUAGCUAUUGCGGAAAUGAUUUGUGAAAAGGCAUCUACUACGUUUGAGAUUUGUUGGUAUAUUUUAAAAGCAAUUCAUCAAUGCAGGCAUGCUGGAGUUCAAAGAAUUUUGAUUCUUUCUUGCGUCAUCAGUGUUGUUGCAAAAGAUUAA